AUGACCAGAUCUUUUACAGUCGAUGACGUUGCUCAACAUAAUACCCAAGAUUCCAUCUGGAUCAUUGUUCAUGAUAAAGUAUAUGAUGUAACGAACUUUUUGAACGAACAUCCUGGUGGCAAAAAG